AUGUCCAUCUUGAACUCGGUGCUAGGCUCGCUCUCUCCUCCGCGAGAAUUCAGAAAGUCGUUCGAAGAUCCGCACGCGCGCGAACAUGAGCUGCCAUUGUAUAACGCUCCAUCCACUUCACGCAUACCGCCUCCCGUAACCUCUUCGGUACUAUGGACCGCGCCCAAAGCAAGCCUUCCACCGCAACCUCGAGUGCCCGAUGAUUUGCUGGCUCUGCAACGGCGAGCUCGACAUCUCGAACAGCAGCUGCAAGAGCUGCUCGAUGCGCAGUCGGAUGGUUUGAUGAGCGGGCUGGGUGCAGGGAGCGCCGUACCAGAUGAUCUAGUGUCGAACGGUAGUACCACACCCACUGUGAGCAGUAUCAGGUCCAGUGAUAAAAGCGCGGAGAACGGAGAGACACGCCUUAAGCCCCGGAAGAAAAGAGUAGGACUGCAGGCGGCAAGACAUGGCAUAUCGAGGCGAAUGAAACAGCUCGCUAGCGUGAAGUCUGAGGAAUUGGAUCUGCUGGACGAAGACCUGAGGAAACUGCAGCGCACGGUGGAGAAGACAGACGCGUGGAGCCAGAAGCGCACACGGCUGGAGAAGAAGAUCCGAGAAAUAGAGAUUGAGGAUGCUGGCGCAAAGGCACAGAGCUUACAAACAGAGGCUUCAAAGCUCGAACAAGAAAUACGGCAAAAGGAAGAGGAGUUGUGGGCGCUCAAGCGACGCCAUCGGCGAGUGUUGGACGAGCUCGCCGAUACGGAGAACUCGGUAGAAGCAAAGAUGGCGUCUUACAAGACGUCUCUGUCAUUGCUGGAUCGCGAAGUCUCGAGCUUUCUUGCAAAACCCGCGGAUCCCAACCACGUGCCUUUGUCAUCCUCCCCAUAUCCUGCACUUCCCGCGAAGCGACGGACGCUUGAAAUGGCGCGCGAGUACUGGCAGGGCGAGUAUACUAGACUGGCCGAAAAGUGCGAAGAGGUUGAUACGGAUCGCGGAGCGCUCGAUGAAGGAGCGCUGCUGUGGACAGAUGUGAUGAAGAGAGUCUCCGACUAUGAAGCAAGCCUACAAGACUACAUGCAACAAGCAGGACGAAAGAACCCCCCCGACCCUUCUAAACUUCUCGAACAGAUGGACAAUACUAUUGUUUACCUGGAAGAAAAGCUAGAGCUUGCUUCUUCGCGAGGUUGGAAUCUGCUGGUAUGCGCCAUUGGAGCAGAGCUAGAGGCUUUUACACAAGGUCAGAAUAUGUUAGAGGAGGUCUUGGGAUCGAAACGAAAGGGCAAGGCUCCGGAGUCGCUACUGGACCAAGACGGAUUCCACGCUACGCAGCCGGAAGAUAUGACGGUAUCAGCCAUCAGGAUCCCGCAGUCUCCAAAGCAGCCAGCUCAACCUAAACAAGCAUAUCCCGAUUCGGAAGAUGACGAUCCUGACCCUGAGCUUUUGAUUUCGCACCACGACACCGAUACAGACUGA